AUGGGGAUAUCCGAAAUGCCGAAGAAGAAGAAGAUCCAGAGAAAGAAACUGCAUGAAGAAGAGAAGAUUAUUUCAGAGGAGAUAGAACGAUUGAUGGAACUAGCGGUGGAAGAGUUUCAAGAACUCGAAACGGAGAAAGCCGACGAGAUGGUUUUGCUAAUGAAGUGUCCACCAAGGGUCGACAAGGCGUGGCGCCAACUUUCUUCUUCGUUUUCUUCUCAGGAACUUGUUCUUGUGGCGAAGUAUAGAGAGUCCGUCGAUCUCUUGAUGCCAGAUUUGUCGCCUGAGUUGAGAAUGGAGAUGGCUAGUGCUGAGCUAUGUAACAUCUCGAAGCUCUAUUCUGUAAACAAUUCCAAAGACUUUGUUGGUCCAGUGAGUCUCUUCUCCGAAUCAAAUCAAGGUAAGCUUGCGGUGGAAGGAACGGUGACGCAUAAACUUCAUAUGAGACCCCAUGAUUGCAUUGAAGAAUACGGAAAGCUUUUACGCCAGAGGAACAAGAAACCUGUGGCUGAAAAUAGACGUAUUCAGGUUAUUGAUGAUCGCCGUGGAGAACACAUGAUGCCCAAGCCUCCAUUGGUAACAGAGAAGCUUAAGCGAAGGGAAAAGAGGACUAGAAGCGACCGUAGUGAGGUGGAAGCAAAAAUGUUCCAACUGUUUGAAAGAGAACCGAAAUGGACACUGAGACAGCUUGUUAUAAAAAUCAACCAACCAGAGAUAUUCUUGAAAGAGAUACUCAAAGAGCUUUGUGUGUAUUCAAGGAGUGGUCAUUCUUACGAGCUUAAACCAGAAUACAAGAGGAGUACUUAAGAAGGCACAACUCGGGUUCAGUA